CUGGAAUUGGGCACCAUGAGCCACGUGCCCCCAGAGCGGCCGCUGCUCCCCACCCUCACCAGCCAGUAUAAAAGCACUGCCCAGGCUGAGAGCUGCCAUCCACCGCUCCUGCCUUGCUCUGCUCAGGAAAAGGGUAGGUGUGUGCCUGUGGGGCUCUGCCUGGUCAGGAGAGCUCUCACAGCUCAGCUCUCUUCUCACACCAAGAUGUCUUGCUACGACCUGUGCCCACCAAGAACCAGCGUGGCCGUCCCCCAGCCCAUCGCUGAGAGCUGCAACGAGCUGUGUGCCCGCCAGUGUCCCGACUCUUCAGCCUUCAUCCAGCCACCGCCUGUGGUUGUCACCUUCCCCGGCCCCAUCCUCAGCUCCUUCCCCCAGCAAGCCGUGGUGGGCUCCUCCGGAGCACCUGCCUUUGGGGGCAACCUGGGGCUGGGAGGCCUCUACGGUGCUGGGGCCACUCAGGCCUCGGGGGGUCUCUGCACCUUUGGCAGACCCUACGCUCCUGCUGCCUGCAGCCCUUUGGCUCUGCCCCGCUACAGCCAGAGGCUCUGGAACUCCUGUGGGUCCUGCUAGAGCAACUGCUAUAGCCUUCAUACCUGUCAGUAAAGGAAUUACUUAGUAGAAGCUAUUCAUGCCCAUCUUAAUCUUUUCUGUGAACACUUUUCUGGGGUUUUUUUUUGUUUCACUCAAGUUUCACACAUCUUUUCCCUAAUAUGCCCUUUUGUGUAUUUUCAAUGUGUUAUAUUUUCACAUUUCUUUUGGUUUGUCAUUAUCUUUAUAAUUUGUGACAUAAACCUGUGUAAAAUAUUGUA